AUGUCGUUCUCUAAUCUCGUGUCGGACAUUGCAUUCAGAGACUCCCAGGGCGAUGAGCGUAUACCCAGAGGCCCUCGCUCUCACAUUGCCGCUCCAUCUUCAUACCAAAGCACCACCACAAGCGUCAGCAUCUCAGGGAGCAUUUCCAGCCAGCUUCAUGCUGGAUACAACCACCCAUUGACCAGAGAAUGGCAGGCAGAAAGGCAAUUAACCAAGGCAAUGCUCAUGUACCCCCUCUUCAUCACGGACAGACCCGACGACCAAAUUGCCGUCCCCUCGCUACCAAACCAGUACCAGCUGGGCCUAAACAGACUAAUUUCAUUCCUUAAACCGCUAGUGAAAAAGGGUCUAAGAUCCGUCAUACUCUUCGGUGUACCGUUGGCUCCUGGAUCCAAAGACGCUCUGGGAACAAUGGCAGACGAUCCUUCCGGACCAGUGAUACAAGCCAUUCGUCUGCUACGCAGUACUUUCCCAUCGCUAUACAUUACGGCAGACGUGUGUAUGUGCGAGUACACCUCGCACGGCCACUGUGGUAUCCUGCGCGAAGACGGAUCAUUGAACAACACGCUCUCCGUGGAGAGAAUGUCUGAUAUCGCUGUGGCAUAUGCACAGGCAGGAGCGCACUGCGUUGCACCCUCUGAUAUGAACGACGGAAGAGUCAGGGCAAUUAAGCUUAAGCUUAUUGAAGCGGGGAUUUCGCAUCAGGUAGUUCUAAUGUCCUAUGCGGCGAAGUUCAGUGGUUGUCUUUACGGGCCGUUCAGAGACGCGGCGGGCUCGACGCCUUCGUUCGGUGAUAGGAAGUGUUACCAGCUCCCGCCUAGUGGCAGGGGAUUGGCGAGGAGGGCUAUUCGGAGAGAUAUUGAUGAGGGAGCGGAUAUUAUCAUGGUGAAGCCUGCAGGGGCGUAUUUGGAUAUUAUUAGUGAUGCGAAGGAGCUGGGGAGAGAUCUUCCUGUUGCUGCGUAUCAGGUGAGUGGGGAGUAUGCGAUGAUUCAUGCAGGUGCGAAGGCGGGCGUGUUUGAGCUUAGGGCGAUGGUCAUGGAGAGUAUGCAGGGUAUUCUUAGGGCUGGUGGGAGCAUUGUGACGACGUACUUUGUUCCGGAGCUGCUUGACUGGCUGGAAUCUUAA